GUAAAGCUGUCAGAAAGUGAGCGCCCAGUUCCUCCAGAAGACUGUCGGUAUACCCGUGGUUUGUUUCUGCUCUUCCGCUCACUUACCGUAGCUAAACUAUAUCUAGACCUCACGAAGGAGCAAGGACACAACAACAACGAGGAGAUAUCUGUUAUUGACCCGAACCGAGCCCGGCCAUGGACGAACAGGCAGGGCCCGGUGUUUUCUUCAACAACAACAAUAACUCAAUUUUAGCCGGUGUGGGGAAGGUACUGCUACCGGAGGGGGAUGCAGGGGAAGCGGACAGGUCUCCGUACAGCAUCCCGGGGAUCCUACACUUCCUGCAACACGAAUGGGCUCGUUUCGAGGUGGACCGGGCUCAAUGGGAGGUAGAUCGGGCCGAAUUGCAGGCUCAGACGGCCUUCCUCCAGGGAGAGAGGAAAGGACAGGAGAACCUGAAGAAGGACCUGGUUAGGAGGAUCAAGAUGCUGGAAUACGUUCUCAAACAGGAGAGGGCCAAGUACCACAAGUUAAAAUAUGGAACAGAGUUGAACCAAGGAGACAUGAAACCUCCCAGCUAUGACUCUGAUGAGGUGAAUGAGAAUGACGCCCCUGGCUCUCUGAACAACCAGCUGUCCUGGAAACAAGGUCGUCAGCUCCUCAGACAGUAUCUUCAGGAGGUGGGUUACACCGACACCAUCCUGGAUGUGAAGGCUCAGAGGGUGCAAACCCUGCUGGCUAUGGCUGGAGCCGGAGGGGGUCGACCCGGGGAGAGGACCGGGCCAGAGAGCCCUCUGGUCAACGGGACAGACACCGUACCUAAAGGCACCGACACUGGAGGAGGGAAGACUGAGGUGUCUGAGUCCAGUGUUGUGCCGGACACCUUCAGGUUCUACUGUGAUGAAGACGAUGAUGAAGAUGGUGCAGGGUUGGAUCGGACUGUCAUGGAACAGACAGGACCUACGGGGACCAUGGUGAGGAAGAAGCCACCAUCGUCAUCAUCACCGGCCCUCAAUAUGGACACUAGUGAGGACCCUGACGCAGAGGACGCACUGAAAGGCUUCGACUUCCUGUCCAGCCCUGACAACAUGGACACAUCGCCUGAGUCCCGCAGCGCUGCGGACGGGACGGACUGGGAGAAGGAGGAGCAGUCUGCCAUGUCAGAGGCCUGGGACGUGGACCAGGGUUUGAUAACCAAACUCAAGGAGGAGUACAGGAAGGAGCGCAAGGGGAAGAAGGGGGGAAAGAGACCUAACCGGUCUAAGCUCCAGGACAUGCUGGCCAACCUGAGGGACCAAGAGGACAUGAGUCCCAGAGAACCCUCCUCUUCCCCCCAGGCCCGCUCCAUCGCACCCAGGCUCAACGAGCAGCACCAGGACAACCGUUCGGACGAAGUGGAGGUGCUGACCUUCCCUCCUUCCUCAGGAAAGUCCUUCAUAAUGGGUCCUGAUGAGAACAUGGAGGCUGAACUGCGACUUGGGGAGCUGGCUGGUCUGACCGUCGCCAACGAGGCUGAUAGCUUGGCGUACGACAUGCCCAACAACAAGGAUGCCCUGAGGAGGACGUGGAACCCCAAGUUGACCCUGCGUAGCCACUUUGACGGGGUCCGAGGUCUGGCGUUCCACCCCAUAGAACCGGUUCUGGUCACCGCCUCAGAGGACCACACGCUGAAGAUGUGGAACCUGCAGAAGACUGCCCCCGCCAAGAAGAAUGCCUCUGUAGAUGUGGAACCCAUGUACACGUUCAGGGCCCACCAGGGUCCAGUGCUGUGUGUUGUGAUGAGCAGUACAGGAGAGCAGUGUUUCAGUGGAGGGCUGGACGGCACCAUUCAGAGCUGGAACACACCGAACCCUAACCUAGACCCAUACGAUUCAUACGAGCCGUCUGUCCUGCGUGGGGCGCUGUGUGGUCAUACUGACUCGGUGUGGGGUCUGGUGUACAGUGGUGUUCAUCGGAGACUCUUGUCUUGCUCUGGAGACGGCACCGUCAAACUGUGGGACGCCUCCGAUACCAAGCCUGCCCUGGUCACCUUCCAAAAUAAAGAAUUUGGCGUGCCGUCCUCAGUGGACCUGCUCUGCAGUGACCCCGCCCACAUGGUGACAUCGUUCACCAGCGGUCGGAUUGGCCUGUUCAACAUGGAGACACAGCAACUAGUGCUCAGCCUGGAGUCUGCUGCAGAUACGGGUACCCGCUGUCAGAUCAACAAGGUGCUGAGUCACCCCACCCUACCCAUCACCAUCACCGCUGAAGAGGACAGACACAUCAAGUUCUUCGACAACAACACAGGAAAGCUGAUCCACUCAAUGGUGGCCCACCUGGAUGCUGUUACCAGUCUAGCUGUCGACCCCAACGGGCUCUAUCUGAUGUCUGGCAGCCAUGACUGUUCUAUUCGUCUGUGGAACCUGGAGACUAAGACAUGUAUCCAGGAGUUUACAGCUCACAGGAAGAAGAAUGAUGAGUCUAUCCAUGACGUGGCCUUCCACCCCUCUAAGGCCUACAUCGCCUCCGCCGGGGCAGACGCUCUUGCCAAGGUGUUCGUAUGACGAGGACCAAUCACAGCCCACCGACACGGCCUCCCAGCACCAGGGAUCAAUAGAGACACAGGAGGGGCGGGACCUUAAGAAACGGGUGUGUGAGGUUCCACGCAGACUUCCCCCUCAUAUAUCACCUCUCACACUACUGGUUCCCUGUUUUGACUGGUGGAUGAUGAAGCCAAUAGCCACUUCUAAGCCCCAGACUAGGCCCGCCUCUAGAGGGAUAGGGCCAGGGCUGUGGUUGGCUCAGAGGUCUGUUAGGGGAACUGCGAUUGGGCACAAGGCUUCCUCAUCCUUGUGCAAUCCAAGCAGGCCCCUGGGUAUGACCGGCCACAAAGACCCUCUUUCUCGAAUCGGGGGCCAAUGAACACCCACACAGACUGAUACUAUUGUCUUCAGACUAACCUUAUGGUCUGUCUUCCCUUCACAGCUAGCGAGGGCGUUGAAGACAGACAGACAGGUGUUUUAUAGUGUAGUCUCACUAGAGAGGUGGAGCACCAUGCCCUACCCCCUCCUCAUGUCAUCAUGCCCAUUAACCAGAAACCCAAGCCCACCCCCAUUUCCCCAAUCUCUAGGCCCAGACUUCUCCCUUCAGAUCAGGCCGUCUGCUCCCUGGUCCCUCCUUCUCCUCCAAGUCACUUUCAGUGUUUUAUUGGAGAUGCUGGCUGGCUGGCUGUCUUACGAUGGAAGCAUCUCGCUUUUCCCCUCUGUCUCCCCGGGCCGACUCUGUCUCCCCAGGCCGACUCUGCCUCCCCAGUCUCUACCCACCCACCAGCCAGCCAGUUUCUCUCUCUGCUUUCCUUUUAAAAAUACUUAUUAAAAAAUGUGCCUUUGCUUUAAAAAGGAACCAGAAGUUCUUUAACAGAGCAUCUGUUUUUGCGGCGGGCAGACAGCGUUGAUAGGGAAAGGUUGUCACGAUGGUGUCCAUUUUAACUAAAAUAUUGGAUGUAGAAUUACAAAUACGUAUAAUAAACAAAACAUAUAUUAAGUCUUAAAACUGACUGUGAGUUUGAGUGCUCUUUUUUUUAAAAAUAUAUAUAAAAAGCAUGGGUGGAAAUAAGCCUUGUCCCCAGAUCAGUUUUGUUCUGUCUUGCCAUUGACCAUAUAAGAGUUGAAAAGAAAAGCACUAACAGGUCUGGGACCAGGGUAGAAGGGAAUCAGCCAAACUGGCAGAGCUAAACAGACGAUCAAGUUAAUAUUUCCUAUUUGUUAGAAGAAUUCCUUGUUUAUAAAACUGUACACUGCAACAACAACAACAUGUUUCCAAAGUAAACCAUCUGGUUCUACAAUAGGAGUUUUAAGUAUGUUGGUCCAUCUUUACAAUGCCAGCCACUGAGUUUGGCCUGCAGUGUGCUCAGUGGCCACUGAUGUGUGAAACGUCUCAGAGUAGGGAAGCAUCCCAAAUGGCACCCUAUUCCCUAUAAAGUGCACUACUUUUAGGGUCCAUAGGUUCCUGGUCUAAAGUAGUGCACUAUAUAGGGAAUAGGGUGCCAUUUGGGAUGCUAUCCCGAGAGCUGUAGUACAGUACAAUAUGUUAUGUUCAUACAAAAAGCAACCCAUUUUUUUUGUUCCACAAAUCCAUCAAAAAUAUCCAUGUAACUUACAAGUUCAAAUGAGCUAUUUUCUCAGACCGUAACGGUCACUUGGUUUGUAUAUGAAAGUCUGUUCUCAUUAAAACUGCUGUAAAAUA